AUGUCUUUUACCGCAAUCGAGCAUGAUUUAGCAGCUCGAGAACACCUUGGACCACGCUUGUCAACACAUCCAACAAAGAUUGCCGAAGAAAUAGCAGUUGAAAAGAACGUUUCAACAAAAACAGAAAUUCAGUUUCUACCAGUACGACAUCCAUUAGAUCCACUUACAUCGAACGAAAUUAAACUUGCAACAAAAAUUCUUCGUGACUUAUCGUAUUUUCAAAACCAAAUGCGUAUUGUUACAAUUGUUCUGUUAGAGCCUAAAGACAAAAUUUAUGUUUAUAAUUUUCAACCAAAUGAUGAGAUAGUACGCCAAGUGAUAGUUGUUAUUCGAGAUCCUAUUAGGCAUUUAACACUAGAAAUGAUUAUUGAUUUAAACAAUAAGAAUAUUCGACAUGUACAGGAACGUACGGAUGUCCAACCAAGUUUAAUAUCUGACGAAAUGAUCGCAUCGGAUGAAGCACUGAGAAGUGAUAAAAAUUUACUUGCCGCUUUAGAAAAACGAAAUCUCGACAUAAAUAAUAUAGUAUUUUGUCCAUUCGGCGCUGGAUAUCGUGAUCCAUCGGAUGCACCUGGCAAGCGAAGAAUUUUUAGACCAUUGGCAGCUGUUAGUGGUGGAAAAGAAGAUAAUCAUUAUGCGCAUCCAGUCGAAGGAAUAGUUAUAACAGUUAAUCUGGAUGAUAUGACGGUCGAAGUGGAAGAUCAUUAUGUUGUCUCUGUCCCUACGCAUACAGCCAAUUAUUCUUCUGAAGGUAUAACAUCAUCUAACAAUAUUCCAUGGUUUCCAAAUGGGAUCCGUAAAGAUUUAAAACCUCUCUUAGUAAUACAGCCCGAUGGACCAAGUUUUCGGGUUGAUGGUUAUCAAGUUAUGUGGCAAAAAUGGCGCUUUCGUGUUGGCUUUAACGUUCGGGAAGGUCUUGUUCUUCAUACAAUUGAGUAUUUUGAUCAAGAGCAUUGGCGAUCAAUUAUUUAUCGAGCAGCCAUGUCUGAAAUGUACGUCCCAUAUGGUGAUCCUAAUCCAUCACAUUCCUACAAAAAUGUGUCUGAUGUUGGAGAAGCCGGUCUUGGCCUUUCGAUGAACAGCCUUGUCCUCGGCUGCGAUUGUCUUGGAGAUAUAUAUUACUUUGAUGCAAUUGUCAACAAUAGCCAAGGGGAACCAAUCUUAUUAAAGAAUGCUAUUUGUAUGCAUGAAGAAGAUGGUGGUUUAUUGUGGAAACAUACAGAAGGCUGUACUGUGCGUAGAACAGAAGUUCGUCGGUCUCGUCGUUUGGUAAUUAGUUGUAUUGCUACAGUUGGAAAUUAUGAGUAA